CUGACUGAGUGCUGGCUGGUUUUAUAUCCUACUGUAUACUCUGUGUGUGUGUUACUUCCUGAUCGUUGCUUCCUGUUUUUGACUCCUGAACAAACUUGAUUUCUUUUAAAUGUUGUGAGCUCACAGUCAGUGUUCCUGUUUGACCUCUCAGACUGACUUCAGAUCAGAAGAUGGGUGGCUCUCUGUCUAUGUGGAGUGACUGGUCCAAAGAUCCUCCUCCAACCUUCAGUAAUGAACCUGGACCCUCAGACACAAAAGUUGAGGACAACAGACAGAGAGCAGAGUCUGUAGUAUCUGGCUGUCUGUCUAUGAAGAGUGAUCGGUCCAAAGAUGAUCCUCCACUCUUCAGUAAUGAACCUGGACCCUCAGACACAAAACUGACUUCAGAUCAGAAGAUGAGUGGUUUGGAGGAAGAGGAGGAUGGAGCAGAGUCUGUAGUAUCUGGCUGUCUGUCUAUGAAGAGUGACUGGUCCAAAGAUCCUCCUCCAGACUUCAGUAAUGAACCUGGACCCUCAGACACAAAAGUUGAGGACAACAGACAGAGAGCAGAGUCUGUAGUAUCUGGCUGUCUGUCUAUGAAGAGUGAUCGGUCCAAAGAUCCUCCUCUACUCUUCAGUAAUGAACCUGGACCCUCAGACACAAAAGUUGAGGACAACAGACAGAGAGCAGAGUCUGUAGUAUCUGGCUGUCUGUCUAUGAAGAGUGACCGGUCCAAAGAUCCUCCUCUACUCUUCAGUAAUGAACCUGGACCCUCAGACACAAAAGAGAGGAAGAGGAGUGAUGUUUCUGAGGAGGAGCAGCCGUCCAGAUCCAGAACCAGAGCUGGACUGCAGACAGCCAAUCAGAGCAGCUCUGACCAAAUGAAUGUUGGUCAUCAGAAACAUAAGAUCAGGCUGAAGGAGACAUAUGAACGUGUGACUGAAGGAGCUGAAACAGGAAGUAGAACCCUUCUCCACAGGAUCUUCACUGCCCUCUACAUCACAGAGGGACAGAGUGAAGAGGUUAAUACCCAACAUGAGGUGAGGCAGCUUGAGACAGCUUCCAAGAAGAAGACCCUCCAUGACUCUCCAAUCAAGUGCUGUGACAUCUUUAAAGCCUCACCUGACCAAAAGAAACACAUCAGAGACGUUAUGAUGAUCGGCGUCGCCGGUGUUGGAAAAACCUUCUCAGUGCAGAAGUUCUGUCUGGACUGGGCCGAGGGUUUGGAGAACCAAGAUAUCAGUCUGGUGAUUCCUCUUUCCUUCAGGGAGCUGAACUUGAUCAGAGAUGAGCAGUACAGUCUUCUGGAGCUGCUCCGUGUUUUCCAUCCAACAUUACAGGAGGUCCCAGCAGAGCAGCUCGCUGGCUCUAAACUUCUCUUCAUCUUUGAUGGCCUGGAUGAAAGCAGACUUUACCUGGAUUUCAACAACAAUGAGGCUGUUUCUGAUGUCACACAGAAGUCAUCAGUCAACGUGCUGUUGACAAACCUCAUCCAGGGGAAGCUGCUUCCCUCGGCUCUCGUCUGGAUAACUUCCCGACCUGCAGCAGCCAAUCAGAUUCCUCCUGCGUGCGUUGAUAGAGUAACAGAAGUACGAGGCUUCACUGAUGCCCAGAAGGAGGAGUACUUCAGGAAGAGAGUCAGUGAUGAAGAGCUGUCAAGCAGAAUCAUCUCCCACAUCAAGACCUCCAGGAGCCUCCACAUCAUGUGUCUGAUCCCAGUCUUCUGCUGGAUCACUGCUACAGUUCUGGACCACAUGUUGACUACAGACCAGAGAGGAGAGCUGCCCAAGACCCUGACUGACAUGUACUCACACUUCCUGCUGGUUCAGACAAAGAGGAAGAAGCUCAAGUAUGCUGAGGGACAUGAGACGAGUCCACAGGAGCUGACGGAGGCUGAUGGGGAAGUUCUUCUGAAGCUGGGGAGGCUGGCGUUUGAAGAGCUGCAGAAAGGAAACAUCAUGUUCUACCAAGAAGACCUGGAGCGCUGUGGUCUGGAUGUCACAGAGGCCUCGCUGUACUCAGGAGUUUGUUCAGAGAUCUUCAAAAGAGAGAGUGUGAUCUUCCAGAAAACAGUCUACUGCUUCGUUCAUCUGAGUGUUCAGGAGUUUCUGGCUGCAGUCUACCUGUUCCACUGUUACACCAACAGGAACACACAGGUACUGGUGGACAUCCUGGGAAAACACUAUGUUAGUUCAUCCCUGGAUGUCUUCCUGAAGAGAGCCAUGGAGAAAUCCCUUGAAAGUAAAAAUGGCCACCUGGACCUGUUUGUGCGCUUCCUUCAUGGCCUCUCUCUGGAGUCCAACCAGAGACUCUUAGGAAGCCUGCUGGGUCAGACAGACAACAGUCCAGAAAUCAUCCAGAGUGCCAUCAACAACCUGAAGGAGAUGAACAGUAAAAAGAUCUCUCCUGACAGAAGCAUCAACAUCUUCCACUGUCUGACGGAGAUGAACGACCACUCAGUCCAUCAGGAGAUCCAAGAGUUCCUGAAGUCAGAGACCAGAUCAGAGUUCCUCUCUGAGAUCCACUGCUCAGCUCUGGCCUUCAUGCUACAGAUGUCAGAGGAGGUUCUGGAUGAGUUGGACCUGAUGAAUUACAACACAUCAACGGAGGGACGACAGAGACUGAUUACAGCUGUGAGGAACUGCAGUAAGGCUCGACUGAGUGGCUGUAAUCUGUCAGAGAGAAGCUGUGAAGCUCUGUCCUCAGUUCUCAGCUCCAAGUCUUGUAGUCUGAGAGACUUGGAACUGAGUAACAAUGACCUGCAGGAUUUAGGAGGGAAACUGAUCUCUGAUGGACUGAAGAGUCCACACUGCAGACUGGAGACUCUCAGUCUGUCAGGCUGUCUGAUCUCAGAGGAAGGCUGUUCUUCUCUGGUCUCAGCUCUGAGGUCCAACCCCUCCCAUCUGAGAAAGCUGAACCUGAGCUACAACCAUCCAGGAGACUCAGGAGUGGAGCUACUGUCAGCGGGACUGGAGGAUCCUCUCUGGAGACUGGAAACUCUCAGGGUGGAGCCUGCUGGAGUCAGAUGGUUGACACCAGGUCUGAGGAAGUAUUCCUGUGAACUCACACUGGACACAAACACAGUGAAGAGAAGACUCAAACUCUCUGACAAAAACAGGAAGGUGACACGUAUGGAGAAGGAUCAGCCAUAUCCUGAUCAUCCAGAGAGGUUUGACUGUCCUCAGCUGCUGUGUAGAGAUGGUCUGACUGGUCGCUGUUACUGGGAGGUAGAGACGAGAGGAGAUGUUUAUAUAUCAGUGAGUUACAGAGGAAUCAGCAGGAAAGGAAACUUUAAAGACUGUGUGUUUGGACGGAAUGAUCAGUCCUGGAGUCUGGAGUGCUCUGAUGGUGGUUGUUACUCUGUCAGUCACAAUAACAGAGAAACAUUCAUCUCCUCCUCCUCUGUCUCUGGUAGAGUAGCAGUGUAUGUGGACUGUCCUGCUGGCUCUCUGUCCUUCUACUCAGUCUCCUCUGACUCACUGAUCCACCUCUACACCUUCAACACCACAUUCACUCAACCUCUUUAUCCUGGGUUCGGGUUCAGUUCUCCUGGUUCCUCAGUGUCUCUGUGUUGUGUGGAGGACAGAGAGUCUCCUCCUGUUUCUCACUGCUGCUUCUGUUGAGUCUGUACAGGAUCACACUUACAGAAAUAUUUCAGGUUAUUGUUAUAAUCUUAUGAAUGAACUUUGUAUAAAAUAAUUCAGAUUCCUCGUGAAAAUUGUACAUUUUUCCCACUUCCAGUUCUUUAAAGAUGGAAGCUGUGAUCAUCAAAUUGUAGAAAUGCCGUUGACUUGUUUCAUGUUUUGACUUCUGUCUCUUUUCACAAUAAAAGCA